UGACAAUGCGUGGGCGGGAUGUAAACCUCUCAAUUUGAGCCGUCGACGAGUCCAGACUCCCGACAAAGAAGCAGCUAUUUUGAGCCAAAAUAUGAAGGAAUCAAUCACUUCACUGCACAUUUGUCAAGGUUGACCAUUGAUAGAAUGCAGGGUAUUCUACAGCUGUUGGACAAACGGUGUGACUGUGGUCAACUUAGUUCUCCACAAGUGCAUUCUGUGUCAUAGUCUACGGGCCUGUGCUUAAAAAUGCUACAACUGCAUCUAACGCAGACACUGAACAAGGCAAACUCUCCCAGCAAACUGGGUAGGACGUAUAGAGGACCAUAACACAAUUUACCAAUGUUUCCAGAGUCAUGCUCUUCCAGGGUGAUGGCGCGGCCAAGCCACAGUGAGCACGUCCUGCAGCAGCUCAACAACCAGCGAGAGUGGGGCUUCCUGUGUGACUGCUGCAUCGCCAUCGGCGAUAUCUACUUCCGAGCCCAUAAAGCGGUGCUGGCUGCGUGCAGUUCCUACUUCCGCAUGAUGUUCAUCCGAGACCAGGAGGGGACAGCGCGCAUGGACCUCAGCAACAUGCAGAUCAGUGCAGAGUGCUUCGACUUCAUUCUGCAGCUCAUGUACCUGGGCCGCAUCGUGGUGGGCAGCUACGAGUUCGAGGAGCUCAAGGCCUCCAUGGCCUACCUACAGAUGUACUACAUCCCUGAAUCCCUGGAGGAUCUCCGAGACAUCAGGAGUGCCUCCAACCUCACGCCUUCUUCUUCUGCCUCUUCUUCCUCCUCCACCACCUCCUCCAGCUCCUCGUCCUCUGCAGCCCCCGCCACUACUGGGAAAAUGAUGUUUGGGGUCCGUAUGUAUGAGCAACAGAAGCCAAGCGCAGCAGAGGGCGAGCCCAAAGGUUUGCCCAAAGUUGCCAUUGUUCCGGUGCCUGUGCGACCCAGCAUUCCUGUUCCAGCCAGCAGGCCGCCUCUUGUGGUGGAGGAUGUGCCGGCCCAUUUGGUCGUGGCGGCGUCAUCUCCUUUUCUAGACAGUGUGGCUGAGCAGCCGUGCGACCUGCGCAAGAGGCCCAGUGGCCGGAGCGCUACGCUGAAAGAGCGCCCCCGCUUCGGUCGCACGUACACCUGUGACGACUGUGGCUUUGUGUUCAGCUGCGAGAAGCUGCUGAUCGAGCACAUCCUGACCUGCACCAACCGCAAGGCUUUCCAGGUCCCCAGGACCAGUGCAGAGGCCGACAACGACUCCAGCAAGGCGGAGAGCUCAGCCUCGGAUGGGAUGGAGGAGCCCCGGGUUGUCUGCAAGGGCGAGGAGGACUGGCCGGAUCACAAGUCAGACUCCGACACAGUGAUUAGGUCAGUGGCAAUUGGCACGGAAAAUGAGCCUGGGUCUGCCAGGAAUAUCACCAUCAAGGUGGAGCCGGAAGACAGCGUGGUGUCCGAAAUGGACGGCAUUAAGAUGGUCCAGGUCGGGGAGAUUCACGCGAGGCACACCGCGCUCAAGGAGAGCAUGAGGGACUCGGUUAAAUUUGACCGGGAGGUGGAGGCUGGCUUUUCAGCCAUGGACGAUGGCGUUGAGCCUUUUGAGGGGCACAUGUCCGGCAACGAGGAGUCCGGGACGCCUGCUAAGGUGUGCAAGAUUAAAGAGGAGAAGCCGGACGGGGACACUGCCCCGUGUGAGCUGUGUGGGGAGCCGUUCUCCGAGGAGGACCAGUCCGCCCACCUCAUCUCCAGCCACAUGGGCCACAUCUGCGCCUGCGGCAGGUGCGGUCAGGUCCUAAUCAAGGGCCGGCGACUGCAGGAGCACGCUGAGCGCUGCGGCGAACCGCAGGGGGUGGACACCGACUCUCCCGGCGAGGAGGGCGACUCGCCGCCGCCCGAGGACGUGCAGGCCAUGGACGACGGACUGCUGGAGGGCGGCGACCUGGCCUGCCCCCACUGCGGCCUGCUGUUCCAGAGCGAGAGCCUGGCCCUGGAGCACGCGCUGGCCUGCCACGAGCAGGAGCUGUUCCGCCCCGCCCUGCCGGAGGACGGUGCCGUCGAGCCGGACCACCGGCGGAAGCACUUCUGCGCCAUCUGCGGCAAGGGCUUCUACCAGCGCUGCCACCUGAGGGAGCACUACACCGUCCACACCAAGGAGAAGCAGUUCACCUGCCAGACGUGCGGCAAGCAGUUCCUGCGCGAGCGGCAGCUCCGGCUGCACACAGACAUGCACAAGGGCAUGGCCCGCUAUGUCUGCCCCGUGUGCGACCAGGGCACCUUCCUCAAACACGACCACGUGCGCCACAUGAUCUCGCACCUGUCGGCCGGCGAGACCAUCUGCCAGGUGUGCUUCCAGAUCUUUCCCAGCGGCGAGCACCUGGAGAAGCACAUGGAUGUGCACCUGUACAUCUGCGGUGUCUGCGGGGAGAAGUUCCGCCUUCGCAAAGACAUGCGGAGCCACUACAACUCCAAGCACACCAAGCGACUGUGUCCCGCUUGAAUUUGUGAGCGUCUUACUUAAAGCCAUAAAUGUGAGAACUAUUGUAUGCACUCAAACACCAAAAAAAAAAAAAUUGAGAAAACCUAGCGAAUCUGCACUUUGGAAUUGUAUGCAUAAUCAGUGUGUUGACACCUGUGUUCGGGCCUUCGUGGUUUACGCCCCCUUUUCCCCCACCAUAGUAUGAAUUGUAUUAACAUGCGUUGAUGUCAUGUUACGUCAUUGCCACGGUAGACAAAUCCUUAGCACGUUUUUCUUUCAUGUUCUACAGCUUUUGGAGUCUAGUGUUGGCACAGCAAAACACCUAGGCCUAUGCAAUACACGGUUUACAAAAUGGAGUGUAUUCAACUCAAGAUCCUUUGCGAAGACUUCAGUGGAGUCUUUAUGAGCAGUUGCUACGCCAGAUCUUUACAUAGCACUUCUGUAUUUAAAAUAAACUCUGUGUACAGUGCCUUUUGCUUUAUGCGGGUGCAUGUGAUGGAGUUGUAUUUCCAAACACUGUAUGGCAGUCGACGAUCACAUUCUUCCCAUUACAAUGUAAUGCAUAAGGGCACAUGGCCAGGCAUACCAAGUUGAAAGAUCUGGCUCAUUGUGUUUUCAAAUGAUGCUAUUAAAAUGAAGAGAGGCACGGUUUGUUUAGCCCAAUCAUAACAUAGGCUGCAUAACAGUUUUCCAAACUCUGAAAUUCCUGUCUUCAAGCCCCACAUUUUUUUUUUGUUUGUUUGAUUUUUCUUUUGUGUUCGUACUCCUGAUUACAUUUCUAAAUAUUUUUAUUUUUUUCUCAUUAAUGUUACUUUCUGAAAGCCUUGUGAGAUCUUAAUCGUAAAUUGGCGACAUGUCAGGACACAAAAAAUAAAUAAAAAACACUAGAAUUACUCCACUUGUUGGAAUAAAAAGAAACACUUAACAGUAAUUACUGUACUCUUGCCAAUGGUUACCUAAUUAAUUAAUUAAAUUGAAUUAAAUUGUUAAUGCCACAAAGGGAAGAGCACACACUAGUUGUCUGCUUAAUAAAAAUGUUUGUGUUUACUAUGCAAUGUUGGGCUAUUCACAACCCUGAAAAUCACAAUCUUUUGUUCAACAGUUUUCUGUUGAUAUCAUGUGUGUAUGAUUUUAUCAACAUGUGAAAAGACUGUUAGGAUGUCUACAUCUGGAUUGUUAUUUGGUUGUCAUGACAAGAAAGUGUAUUGUGUAUAUAAUCUAUACAAUACAUCAGAAUUUCUAGCAAAUCUAUAAGACAGCUAACAGUUUGGCUUCACCGACAAUCAAAAACUGAAAAAAAGAUCUCCUUUAUGUAUGCUGUGCACAGCCUAAAGCUUUUAUGUCCGAAUCCGCUUUUGGAAACUUUACUGUGCUAAGCGAUGACUUUGAUUUAAUUCAUUUGACGUUUGCCUUCUCUUGAGCUUGGAUAGAAAACAGAGUUGUGUGUGUGUUUUUUAUUAGGAAGCUUCCCUUUAGAUUUGCCUUCACAUAUUAGAUUCGCCUUUGGUUCAGAAGCAUUACACAGCCAACGUUACUCAUUGGUGUUGUUGUAUUGCGGAGAGCUACUUGAGAAAUGUCUACUGCAUUUUAUGUUAUUACACUUGCGUUGCUAUUGUGAAAUGCAAACCUCUUUGUUCGUGGCAAUGCAGAGAGAACGUAAUCCUUUAAAACAUCUUGACACCACAUGCAGACCCGUGGAAGCUGGUAAAGACUCUGAAAUCCAUCACAAUGGAGGCACACAAAAUGACUGUGUGGUAGUGGUUGUCUUAUUUACCGUGGCGGUGUAGCCUCCCAUCACUCGAUAAAUGAGUAAUUAUUAAGCAAUCAAGCAAUUUUUGUCUACAACUCAGGUCCCAAUUUAAUCCAAAGCAGGGUGAAUGAAAUUGACAUUUUAUUCGCACAGAAAACACAUUUCCAUCCACCGUUUCUAUCAGGGAAGGCCAAGGGAAAGAGACCUUUGACCUUCCCCAGUGAGCUUUGACAGAGACAGAGUGUGUUAUGAAAUUGAGUAUCUUUCCAGACAGUACUUUGUUGCUUGCAAAUUUUUAUUUACACCUGUUGUGGGAGUACAUAGUAGUUGUAACGUUGAUAAAUAUUGUCGUACUAUGUGAGUUACAAACAUAUUUGGGACAUUAUAAUGCUUGCAGAGCUGUGUAACGGUGAAACGGAUGCCAUCCCACUUAAAAUGCCAUCUUAAGUAGGCCUGCCAUACUCAUGGUCUCAGUCCGAUACUGUUUCAGUAGUAAAUGAGAUGACAGGUUAAAUGAGUUACAGGGAAUUUCACAGAGUGGUGAAAGGAAAACCUUGGUAUGUCUUAGGCUCCUUUCCUGAUAAAUACUGGUCAAAUGAUGAUUGAUGCAUGGCUUUCUUGAAAAAAUGUAUUUGCUCUCAUCCAUAAUAAUCUCAUGUAAGGUAGUGCUCAAAUACCAUAAUAUCCUACUAUUUACUAUAAAAUAAAAGUUUCCUGAAGGAGCCUUUAAGGGUUCCUCAUCUUUGGGGGAACCCCUAUAAGUUCUUCGGUGGAAAAAAUUGUUAACGGGUAUUUGAAUAAUUGUUUUAAAGGUCACUCAAAGAAGCCUCUGAAGAACCCUUUCAACAGUUUCAUUAAAUAACUUACAGGGGUUUCCCCAGAAUUUCAGUUUACAAAAAAAAAACUAAAAGAUCCUCCAGUAGCCUUUUAUGUUUAGAGUAUUAGGGCAGGGGAUCUCAAACCUCUCCUCAGGGACCAGCUGACUUCCCCUGUUCUUGAACUCGUCCAGAUCUUGAACGCCUGAUCCAACUUGUCGAGCAGUUAUCACUCCCUUGAUUAGAUGAGCUAGUUCACGGUUAUUUCAAGACUGUGAAACAUCUGCCUGUCCUUGAGGAGAGGUUUAAGAACCACUGUACAUGGGUUUUAUAGACCUUGCGUUUGUCCACUCCCAUCGCUGUGUGAACUACAAUUCUUAUGCUGUGUAUUAAAGUUGAGAAACAAACAUUACUUCGGUUGCUUGGAGAACUGUUUCUGUAACGUAUGGCCCUCAUUUUUUAUAUCAGUGAGAAUCUUUCAAAUAAAAAAAAGAUAUCUUACCACAGCAAAUUUGCACUCAUCCAUAAGCAGCGUGUGCCUCCAGCAAAGAAAACACACCUCUACACAUCCUACCUAGUUAGCUUCCACACACGUUUUUGGAGCACAGUACAUAACACGUUUGGUCGUUGUCUACAGUCAGUCUUCUCUAAACAAGCGAUGUAUAAACGUGUGUAGUAAUUGACUUUUUUCUGGUUUAUUCCUUACUAAGAUAAUUGAUACGUUCCAAGACAGUACAGCAAACGGCACGACAAGUUCAGUCUGAGUACCAGAUCUGUUAAUAGAACUCCCCCUGUAAAGAAGAUACUAAAGAACAUACUACUGUAAAUAGACCAUAAAGGUAGUUAGCAUCUAAAAGGAUAUAUGUAGCUAGGGUAGCCAACCCCCACUGUGUUUAUGUACUAUUAUCUAGAGCGCAAGUGCAAAUACCAGAGUGGCCACAUUACAAAUUUUACACAGCAGUUUAUGUGAUAUGUUGUAAGUGCUUCGGAAACCUUUUAUUCCGUGAAUUAAAACAAGAAAAAAGUAUCUUUAAUGUGCACUACACCUCGUACUGCGUUUUAUACACAGGUCAGUUCAGUGGAACGUUUUAUAUUUCCAUUAUGCAGCUUUUUGAAAACCUACGUGAAAAUUGGUUGCCAAUUGGAUGGAAACCUAGAAUAACCGUAAUACAAGGCCUAUUACUUUCAAGGUUAACUAACUAGCUAUUGCUUUUCACAGCAUUUUUAAAUGUUUUGUGAUAUGCAUCAAGGUUCAAGGGAGUUUCAAAGAGAUGAGUCGUGUUUUAAAGAUCUCCAUUUUGUUUAUCACUGUUGUUUUGGUGGGCAUUUCAUUGGAUUGUGUUGUGUUGGCACCAAGAUCAAGCUCUGACAUUUCUGUAUUGCAAUAUGAGUGAAAUGUUAAAACAUUAUCAUACCAUGA